UAGGGUCGCAGCCCUCCUUUUUAUUUUCAAAGAGUAGGCCUCUGGCCUAGAAUAAACUUAAUUGUUCAUAAAAGUGCCCUUUGAUUUCUGCAACUUACUUAGGCGAAGACUUCCGAGCGCAAGAAGUUAGGAAGAAAAUAAAAACAGACUGUGUGUGUGUGUGUGUACGCCCAACAUUUAUUUUAUUUUGUAGCUUUCCCAACUUUUGUAUUAGGAAUACUGCCCAAAGCAAGUUUUAUUUAAAAACAGAACUUUACAGUCUCUGCCUUUGCUCGAUUGAAAACAACUUUGAGGGGAGGUAAAGGCAGACUUCUGUGUCUCAAAUCUGUGACAAAGUUGAGCAUGACUCUUGCAGCACUUUGGCAAAAAGAAAAAUCCAGUUUAAAUGGCAAGAUUUGAGGAAAAGGCCUACCUAACAGCGUUGUCGUGAGGAUAAAAUGAAGGGGGGAACCAUAUUUGCUCUCAAGUGUUUCCCCCGCAAUGGGAUUCUGUCUAAAUUCAGGCUCCUCAGCAGGGAGAACCACAGUAUGCAGGAUAGUUAGUUUUUGCCCUCAAUGUGGAAAGAAGGUAGAGGCAACGUUUAUCUUCUGUCCUUCCUGUGGGAGCAGGCUACCUCCACAGGAAGCAGAAGCAAUGCAGAUCAGUCCUACUCCUUCCGUGCAAGAACUAAAUCAGAAAGGCCUGGAUCAGCUUUCUGUAGCAGUGAGGUAUCCUGCGAAGAAAAAAGUGGAAAUACAUUUACCAGACAAAGCAAAAGCUUCCACUUCAGUUAAACAAUGUCCUGCUCAAAUUUCAGCAACUUCCAGGUCCCCAAAGGAAGCAACAAAAGCAAAACCCAGUCCCCACUCUCCCAGGAAGAACAAGAUUGCUUCUGUGACCCCUCUCCCAGAGGGUGAAAUUCUGACAGACCUGAAUGACAAGCAGUGGAAGCUUGUAAAACUUCUGAGCCAGUCUGACUUUGUGUUGAUGUAUGAAGCGGAGUUGGCCUCUGGAGCCUGCCGUCAAAAACAGAAAUUCUCCCUCAAACUGGACACCAAAGAUGGGCGGCUCUUCAACGAGCAGAACUUUUUGCAGCGAGCGGCAAAGAAAGUCACGGUGGAAAAGUGGAAGAAACAGCAUAUGGUUCCAUUAUUGGGAAUCCCCAGUUGCAUUGGUUUUGGCCUCCAUGGCAGCAACUACAGGUUCCUGGUCUUCUCUGAUUUGGGUCGGUCCCUCCAGUCAGUCCUGGAUGAUGGUGCCAGCAAGUUGACAGAGAAAGCUGCCUUCCAGAUUGCAGUCAGGCUGCUGGACGUGCUGGAGUUCCUUCAUGAGAACGAGUACUCUCAUGGGGAUAUCACUGCAGAGAACAUAUACGUGAAUCCAAGAGAUCUCACUGAGCUUACCCUGGCAGGCUAUUGCUUUGCUUUCCGAUACUGCCCAAGGGGGAACCACGUGCCUCAGCGGGAGGGCAGCAGGACUCCUCAUGAGGGCACUCUUGAGUUCAUCAGCCUGGAUAGCCACAAAGGAGCUGCACCAUCCCGUCGGAGUGAUCUUGAGUCCCUGGGUUAUUGCCUUGUGAAAUGGCUGUGUGGCUUCCUUCCCUGGUCUGAGGAACUGUCAAAUCCCUGUGUGGUCAUGGAGAAGAAAGAGAGGUGCAAAGCUGAUAUGAUCAAGCAUCCAAAAUUGUCCUACGGCUGGAGAGCAAUUCCAGAUGCCCUGCAGUGCUACCUGCUGCAGGUUAUGUCCUUGGACUACGAAGAGAGGCCAGACUAUGAAGAGCUCCGGAUGCUUUUGAAGAAGCCCCUUGAGUUGAUGAGAACCUCUGCCUAUGACUCCGUGGACCUCAAAGUGGUGCCCUAGGUCUGAGGAGUUUGGAGAAGACAGGAUGUGCAAGGUCCGAGCCCCCUGGACAGUCGUCACACUGGAGCAGCCUUUUUCCACGGUGUUUUUCUUACUCUUGGCUUUUAGAUUGUGGAGGGGAUUGGGAGGGGAGCGGGGGAAUUUUAUGGUAUUUAUUUCUUAGGACUUUAUGGUGUGUCUAUUUAAAUAUAAGCUUACUCUCCCUCUGGCUGCCUACUUUUAAUAAGUUCUAGUUAAUGUGAUGCCUCAAUCCCCAUUUGGCAGAAAAGCUACCUGAACAGCAAUCACCUAGCAACCCCAAGGGUUGCCAUGGAUACAAAGGAUACAUUUGUAUCCUAAUUGUGAGGGGGAAGAACUCCUCCCCCCAAGUUGUUGAUUGUAAUGUUUUAACUUAUAAAUAAUAGUCUUGUAAUAAAAUAUUUUUCUGGUGAA